CUAAAUUGUAUUAAACACGAGAAAUAAUCUAUCUUAAAUAUGGACAUUGACGCUUUCAAUAGUUUUACAACAGGCAAGAGAAAGAAAGAGGACGAACAAGACUCUAAGCCUAAAAAGAAGCCUAAAGUUACAGAAGAGAUAUCUGAUUCUGAGUCUGAAACUGAAGCUAAGCCUAAGGCUAGCUCUAAAAAGUCUGCCUCCGGUGUCAUGGCUGAAGAGAAAUCUGAAAAAGGUGAUAAAAGCAAAAAGAAGGCUGAAGAGGCCAAACAUAGCCAAGAGAAGAUGAUUGAUAAGGAAAAAUCUGAAAAGAAGAAAGAUAAGAGUGUUAUUGAAGAGACUAAAGAUAAGCCAAUGGAAAGCGAUGAAGAUAGUGAAGAAGAAAUUAUCAAUGAUACAAAGGCAUGCAGUGGCUAUGACCCAGAGGAGCUUGAUAUUAAAUCUAAGGUCUAUGACAACUGCCUUCAUGAGGCUAUUUAUCCAAAGGGAUUUGUUAAAAGAGAAGUUGACCCAGAUAAGCCAAGAGCUAAGGAAUAUAAAUUCACUCUUGAUAAUUUCCAAGAGGAAGCAGUGAAAAGUAUUGAGAGACAAGAGUCUGUGCUAGUUGCUGCUCAUACUUCAGCAGGAAAGACAGCUAUUGCUGAGUACGCGAUUGCUUCAGCCUUGAAGAAUAACCAAAGAGUUAUUUAUACCUCUCCUAUCAAAGCACUCUCAAACCAAAAAUUUAGAGAUCUUCAAGAAGAGUUUGAAGAUGUUGGCCUAAUGACUGGAGAUGUAACUCAGAAUGAGAGCGCAAGUUGCAUUGUCAUGACUACAGAGAUCUUAAGGAGCAUGCUUUACAGAGGUUCAGAAGUUACAAGAGAAAUGGCAUGGGUCAUUUUUGAUGAAGUCCAUUAUAUGAGAGAUAGAGAAAGAGGAGUUGUCUGGGAAGAGACUAUCAUUCUUCUUCCCUCAACUGUAAAGUAUGUCUUCUUAUCAGCCACCAUUCCAAAUGCUAGAGAAUUUGCUGAAUGGAUCUGUACUAUCAAAAAGCAGCCUUGCAAUGUAGUUUACACUGAUUUCAGACCAGUUCCACUCGAGCAUUAUAUUCAUCCUUCAGGGACCAACAAUCUGCAUUUAGUUGUAGAUAAAGAAGGACAGUUUAGAGAAGAAAACUUCCAAGAAGCCAUCUCAAAGAUGGACGCAGACAAUGACCUUGAAAAAGCUUUUGAGGCUAGAGGUAAGAAGGCAAAAAGAACCACUGAGCAGCAAGAAUUAAGAUCUGUGGUAAAUUACAUUGUAUCAAGAAAUUAUGAACCAUGUCUCGUAUUCGCAUUUAGUAAAGCUGACUGUGAGAAUCACUCAAGGAUUGUAUCCAAGUGCGAAUACACCACUGAAGAAGAAAGAGAAAACAUUGAGAAGAUCUUUGGGGCUGCUAUCGAAUCGCUAUCAGAAGAAGAUCAAGAUUUACCUCAAAUAAAAGGCCUUCUCCCAUUAUUGACUAAAGGUAUUGGAGUGCAUCAUGGAGGACUUCUUCCUCUAGCUAAAGAAAUUGUUGAAAUCUUGUUCCAAGAAGGUCUUAUUAAGGUCUUGUUUACAACUGAAACCUUCUCUAUGGGAAUUAACAUGCCUGCCAGAACAGUCGUAUUUACCAGCAUUGAAAAAUUCGAUGGAGAGAAAUACAGAUGGCUCGGAGGAGGAGAAUACAUUCAGAUGUCUGGAAGAGCAGGAAGAAGAGGGCUUGAUACUAAAGGAGUUUGCAUACUCAUGGCCAACAAAAAGAUGGAGCAUGACGUUGCAAAGAACAUUCUCCAAGGAAAGGCAGACCCAUUAUAUUCCUCUUUUCAUCUCAAGUACAACAUGCUACUUAACUUAAUGAAAUUGCAGGAUUAUAAGCCAGAGUUUUUGAUCAAAAGAUCCUUCAGACAACUUCAAAAUGACAAAGGAUUGCCUCAGCUCAAAGAAAGGAUAUCUAUCCUUGAGGAAGAAAUAAAGAGCAUUAAACUUGAGAGACACGAGCAAGUGCAGGAAUUCUUCAAACUCGAAAAGCAGAUAGAGAGUUACAAAGAAAUCAGUAAAGAGAUCUAUCACAAGGAAGAAAAUAUCAUCUCGUUCCUUGUCCCUGGAAGGCUCAUUCACAUCAAAGACACUGCUAACAAAAUUGAUUGGGGAUGGGGAGUAGUCAUCAACUUCACUAGAAGGAAGAUCAAUGUCAAGUCUAUCCUCAAAGCUGAUGGAACUGGACUCAUGAAAAAGCAAGGAGUUGUAGACAUUGAUGAGGACAAGCCAGUGCUUAUCAUUGAUGUCAUGCUUUACAUUCAGAAGAAACUUGAAGGUAAUGAAAUUAGACCAGGAGACAGGAAGAAAGACAAUGGAAUGCUAGGUAUCGUCCCUGUAAUGGUCCCUUGAGUUUAUAACCUCAGCAAAGUUCAAAUGAAGGUCAUUCAUGAUUUGAACGAUAAGAGUAAUAUUAAGAGAAUGGAGAAGUUUUACUUUGAACUAAUGAAGAGAUUCGAUUGGUAUCCACCUCCCCUCAACCCAAUCAAAGACAUGCUCAUUGAAGAUCCAAAGUUUAUUGAAUGCCUAGAAAAGAUUGAAGCUCUAGAGAAGAAAGUGAAGAAGCUAGGCGCAAUCACUGAUGAAGAUCUUCAGAAGUAUCUCAAAAGAGAAGAGUUGAAGAAAGAGUAUGAUCAAUUAAGCAGACAAACUCUCCAGGUUGGAGCAAUGGUCAAUCACCAGGAUCUCAUUAGGAUGAAGAGAGUGCUAAGAAGACUUGACUAUAUCAAUGAAGAUGAUGUCCUUAAGAUUAAAGGAAAAAUAGCUUGUGAAGUAAGCGCAGGGGAUGAGAUUAUUGUAACUGAGCUCAUGGUAAACGGAAAUUUCCAAAAAUUGGACCCAGAAUCUAUCGCAGCAAUUUGCAGUUGUUUGGUAUUCUCAGAGACUAAGAAUGAGCCAGUUGAGCCCAAACACCCUGUUCUUGCUGAUGCAUACAACAAAUUAUCAGGAAUUAUCAAGAAGGUUGCAUCUGUUUUAGUUGAAUGUAAGAUGGAUAUCAAUGAAGAAGAGUACAUUAACAGCUUCAAACCAGAUCUAGUCGAGGUUACCUACAAAUGGUGUAAAGGAAAGAAGUUUGAAGAGAUUUGUAAGCUGACUGAAAUCUACGAAGGAACUAUCAUAAGAUGCCUAAGAAGGCUUGAAGAGCUUUUAAAACAACUUGCUCUUAUAGCAAAAACCCAGUUACAAAAUCCUGAGCUUUAUGAGAAACUUGAGACAGCUAGCCAGAAACUUAAAAGAGGAAUUGUGUUUGCUGCCUCUCUUUACCUCUAA